GGGGCACGGCCAUGGGGCGGAGCCGGCUGCGCUGCGCUCCGGCGCUCCGCGGCUGCCGGGCACGGGGCGCGCACGGCAGUGGGAGCCCAGCGCCGCCGGGAGCCGCCCGCCGACAGCUCCGUGUGUCCCCCGGGGCGGGGAGCCGCCGGCAGGUUGACCAGGCUGGAUCACGGCACUAAGGACCUGGAGCAAGGAUCCUGCCUGAUGCAUGUGUAUUACGACCUGACUUCUUGAGGAGAACAAGUGUUUCUCUGAAGUUCUGCCCCUUCAAAGCAGCACGCAGGCUCUGCAGUGUUGGAUGGGUGGAAAAACCAACCUGGGAAAGGAUGCCCUGAGGAACCGUCAGUCAAAUGAGCAUGAGAAGCUUGGUUAGAAGGAGAUACAUGUGACACACAGAGAAUUAAAGAGUAGAAGAGACACCGUGCUUCAAGUCCCAGGAUUUGUGAAGGAAGAAUUGGGUCAAGGAGCCUGAAGACCAUGGAGGGAGACUGCCUGAGCUGCAUGAAGUACCUGAUGUUUCUUUUCAAUUUCUUCAUAUUUCUGGGAGGAGCGUGCCUGCUAGGCCUUGGGAUCUGGGUCAUUGUGGAUCCCACGGGCUUCCGAGAGAUAGUAGCUGCCAACCCCCUGCUCUUCACGGGAGCCUACAUCAUGCUGGCUAUGGGAGCCAUGCUCUUCCUGCUGGGUUUCCUCGGCUGCUGCGGUGCCAUCCGUGAGAACAAAUGCCUCCUGCUAUUUUUCUUCAUGUUUAUUUUGUUAAUCUUCCUGGCGGAGCUUUCAGCUGCUAUCCUGGCUUUUAUCUUCAGAGAAAAUCUGACCAGAGAGUUUUUCACCAAGGAGCUGAAGAAGCAUUACCUGAGGAACAACGACACGGAUGUCUUCUCUUCCACCUGGAACUCUGUUAUGAUCACAUUUGCCUGCUGUGGAGUGAAUGGACCAGAAGAUUUCGAAGCUGUCCCUCUUCUUCCAUACUCCCCUUUGGAAAGUGUGACACCGGAGGCUUGCUGCCAGCGAGAGCUCCAGAGCCGGGAAGGGAUGUUUGUCAACAAGGAAGCCUGCCUCACAGGCAUCGAGAGGUUUCAGAACCGACAGGGCUGCUACACUGUGAUCCUGAACUCCUUUGAGACCUAUGUGUACCUCGCAGGAGCCCUUGCCAUCGGAGUGUUGGCUAUUGAGCUCUUCGCCAUGAUCUUCGCUAUGUGUCUCUUUCGAGGGAUCCAGUAAGAAGUGGCCCAUGGACCGCCACAUUCCCCACAUGCUCAGACGAAAGAAGGAAAACGAGAAGAAACAAAACCUGAAACCACCCAAAAAAAAAAAAACCUUUAUUUUUUUUAACAAAAUGGGGUUGGGAAAAAAAAAAAAAACACAAAAAGAAGAAAAAAAAAAGAAAAAAGAGGGUUGUAAUAUAUGAAUGACCAAAAGGAUUGUACUUCAGGGGCUGGAACUUUGAGGUGAUGUGCACUACACUGUACACCGGACCCUUGCCCAGAGCCACCCACAGGAGCCCAGCACAGCCACCGAUUGCACUAGAGACUGAUGGAGCUGAUGGGGAAGAGCAAGAGGACAAACAACGGCUGCUUUAUCCCCUCA